AUGACACCCGAGCCACCAAAAAUAUUACGAAUCAAACGAAAAAGAGGCCAAGACCCGUUGCAGGCCCUCAUAUUGGAAGACACAAGAAAUGUCAAACGGUCGAAACCUUCUACCCCGGCAACUUCGCCACAUCCAUCUCCUGCACCAACGCCACGGCGGUUCCGGUCGACAGAGAAUCUCAACUAUUUGUUCAAACUAUCACGUACUGAGGAAAGCUUACGCACAGCAUUGGCAGAAUCUGGUGAUGCUGAAAACAUAGAAGCAACAAUUCUCGCAGAAGCCGCUACUUUGCAACUGGGAGGACAUAAAGAUAAGCAUCUGAGAGCAAAUGAGAUAAAGCGAAGAUUCAUCAUUCAGCCCAAUGCGCUGAGGAAAACAAGCCAGGCCGGUUACAAAGAUGAUUAUGGUUAUUAUGAUGAUGAUGAUGAUGAUGAUGAUGAUAAUGGUAGCGGUAGCGGUAGUGGUGGUGGUGGUGUUCACAAAGAGUAUAAUUUGGAGAAUGGUGGCAGUCUCAAGCUUCCAAAUGAAUUGUCAAGUAUGGUUCAAAGCUAUGUUUCCACAGAGGCUUCUUCACCACUGCAAAAACGCAAGAGACGAGGCAGAACUGCGGUAAUCCAAGAGAAUGUAAAACUGUUUAGCUCCCCACCUUUACCAUUAUCAUCUACGUCAAACGAAAACACUGAACCAAGUACUAACAAAUUAGUUCUGGAUCUUGGAAACGUUGAGGACAAUAACAUUGUAAGCAACAAUAAUAAUAUCAACAGCAGCAGCAACAACAACAACAACAACAACAACAACAACAACAACAACAACAACAACAACAACAAUAAGAAAGACAAAAACAAUGAUGAUGACAAUGAUGAUGAUGACGCAGAGUGGGUGUUUGAUGUCUACCACUUGACAACAGCUAAUGAACCAUUGACCUCUGCAAACCACCCAACAUCUCAAAUUGGUUAUAUUCGUUUCUUUGACGACGACGAAGAGUUAUCUCAAAGUUUCCUCAAUGCGGAAGAUGACGACACUGUGCAAAAGCCAAGCGUUUUAACUGAUGAUGAGGACUCCAAUGCAGAGUCAUUUUACCAAAAUGAUUAUCCAAGUGAUGAGGACGCCGAAGGAUUAGAUGAACUCAAUUCGUUUGAUGAAAAGUUUGAUAAGCUCAACAUAGGUGAUGGCGAUGAAGUAAGUGGAAAUGGUGAUCUAGCGGAAGAAGACGACUAUGGCUACGAGCCCAAAGAUGGUAUCGGAUUCACUGGAGAAGAAGAGUAUUUUGAUUAUGGAGAGGUUGAACGAUAUAUGGGCUAUCAAGACGAAGAACAUUAUGCAGAUGAUGACGAUUACAACUCUGAUGAACAGGUCUUGAGACGACAACAAUUUUUCAAAAGCGAUAUAGAUGAUCCCAUUGCUAUACACCGCGACCGAAUCUUUGGCAAAUUAGAGAAAAUGAUAAAUGAACACGAAUAA